CUGCGCAUUUGAUUUUGAUAUCAUCUGCCGGGAAAGGCCCAAACGUCCCCGAGAAAUUGCUUGUCUUAGCAAACUGGAGCCGCAAUGCCUUCUCAAUCCUCAUGCCGUUCCAUUCUUUAUCGACUCGCGUCCCUGUCUCCGAUAAGCUGCCUUCGAUCGUCACCCUUCUCAAGUCCUGCAAGAACUCCGCCCACAUUCACCAGCUGCACGCCCAGAUCAUCAUCAAAGGGCUCGAGCAAGACCAGUUCGUCGCUUCCCAUUUCAUUUGCCUCUCCUAUUCCCUCUCUUCUCUCUCCUACUGCUCUCGCUUCUUCAGCUGCAUCCUCGACCCAAGCCCCGUCCUUUGGAAUUCUCUCAUUAAAGGGUAUUGCGAGAGAGCUUCCUGGGUCGAGACACUCUCGGUUUUCAUGCGCAUGAGGAGAGUUGGAGCCGUACCCGAUAAGUUCACAUACCCGUUGGUUUUGAAAUCUUGUGCCGGUGAGAUGAGGGUGAAAGACGGGAGCGGGGUUCAUGGGAGUGUUGUGAAGAGUGGUCUUGACAAGGACGUCUUUGUGGGCACGAGUCUGGUUGAUUUGUACGGCAAGUGUAGCGAGAUAGAGUGCGCGCGGAAGGUGUUUGACACUAUGCCCCAGCGAAGUGUGGUUUCUUGGACGGCUAUGGUUGUCAGUUACAUCGGUGCUGGGGAUUUGGUUGAGGCCAGGAGAAUGUUUCAGGAAAUGCCGCUGAGAAAUGUGAAGUCGUGGAAUGCGAUGAUCAGCGGGUUUGCGAGAGUGGGUGAUCUGAGGAGUGCUAGGGAACUUUUUGAGGAAAUGCCUGAGAGGAACGUGGUUACUUUUACAGCGAUGAUUGAUGGGUAUGCAAAGGCUGGGGAUAUGGCUUCCGCAAGGACUUUGUUUGAUCAAGCCCCUGUGAGGGAUAUGUUUGCUUGGUCGUCAAUGAUUUCGGGAUAUGCACAAAAUGGUCUACCAAAUGAAGCUGUGAAGGUUUUUGUUGAGAUGGUGUCAAAGAAUAUCAAGCCUGAUGAGUUCACGUUGGUUGGCCUGAUGUCAGCUUGUUCCCAAAUAGGUUGUGGGAAGUUAGCCAAGUGGGUCGAUUCUUAUUUAAGCGAGAGUUCAAUUGCUCUCGAGACAGCUCAUGUUGUUGCAGCUCUAAUAAACAUGAAUGCAAAAUGUGGGAACAUUGAGAGAGCGACAGAAUUGUUUGAAAUAUUGCCUAAGCGAGACAUCAUUUCCUAUUGUUCCAUGAUACAGGGGCUAUCGAUGCAUGGAUGUGGGGUUUUGGCAGUGAAUCUCUUCAUGCGGAUGCUCCAGGAAGGAAUUAAUCCUGAUGAGGUGGCCUUCACGGUUAUUUUAACUGCUUGUAGCUGUGCUGCACUUGUAGGUGAGGGUAUGCAUUUCUUUGAGAUGAUGAAAAAUGAGUACUCCAUAGUCCCCUCCCCUGAUCACUUUGCGAUCAUGGUUGACCUCCUUAGCCGGUCAGGACGGCUAAAUGCAGCUUAUGAGCUAUUGAACACAAUGCCCAUGGAGCCCAAUGCUAGUGCAUGGGGUGCACUUCUAGGGGCCAGUAAGUUGCAUGGUGACCUUGAGUUAGGGGAGGUGGUUGCUUGGAGGCUUUUUGAGCUUGAGCCUCAAAAUGGUGGAAACUAUGUGCUUCUGUCCAACAUAUACGCUGCUGCUGAUCGGUGGGUGGAUGUUUCUCUUCUCCGGAAUCAAAUGAAGGAGAGGGGAGUUAGAAAAGUCCCUGGUUGCAGCUGGAUUUCUUAGUAACCAAUUUCACUAUUGCAUCACUUAAGCAUGUCACGCCUUCUAAUAUUUGGUGCCAUGGGAUUGCAUGCACUGGGACAAGUUUGUGUGGCACCUGGGAUUUGAGGAGAACUACACGGUGGAGUUAGGGUCUACCUGAUUAGGUGUUCAACUCAGAUUGGCAGAAGUGAGCCUAGCUGCGUUAGUUCAGAAUUCUUCCUGAUUUGAUGUCUAAAACCACUUUGGUUUGCAGAGAAGUGAAAGUCAUACAGUUGGAAAACAGCUAACGUUU